AUGGCCGCGUCCACCCUGUCCGUCUGCUCCAGCGACCUGAGCUAUGGCAGCCGCGUCUGCCUGCCCGGGGCCUCGGACUCCUGCCCCGACUCCUCCUGGCAGGUGGACGACUGCCCAGAGAGCUGCUGCGAGCCCCCGUGCUGCGCCCCGGCCCCCUGCCUGACCCUCCUGUGCGGCCCCUCCUACCCCUGCCAGGGAGACUGCUGCACCCCUGCGUGCUGCAAGCCCGUGUGCUGCACCCCUGUCUGCUGCAAGCCUGUGUGCUGCAAGCCCGUCUGCUGCACCCCUGUCUGCUGUGAGGACUCCCCCUGCACAACCUCUUCAUGCUGCCAGCCGUCCUGCUGCACCUCCUCCCCCUGCCAGGGAGACUGCUGCACCCCUGCAUGCUGCAAGCCCGUCUGCUGCACCCCUGUCUGCUGCAAGCCUGUCUGCUGCACCCCUGUCUGCUGCAAGCCCGUGUGCUGCACCCCUGUCUGCUGCGAGGACUCCCCCUGCUCAGCCUCCUCCUGCUGCCAGCCCAGCCCCUGCUGCAGACCCUCCUCCUGCGUGUCCCUGCUCUGCCGUCCCGUGUGCAGGCCCACCUGCUGCACCCCUGUCUGCUGCAAGCCCGUGUGCUGCACCCCUGUGUGCUGCAAGCCUGUCUGCUGCACCCCUGUCUGCUGCAAGCCCGUGUGCUGCACCCCUGUCUGCUGCGAGGACUCCCCCUGCUCAGCCCCCUCCUGCUGCCAGCCCAGCCCCUGCUGCAGACCCUCCUCCAGUGUAUCCCUGCUCUGCCGCCCCGUGUGCCCCCGCCCUGCCUACUCCUGCCCUGCCUCGGCCCAGAAGUCCUGCUGCCAGUGA